GUGGAGGGACACGUCUGUCCUCCCAGCCUGUCGGUGGCGCUGUGUGGAGGAGUUUGAGGAAACACUUCCUGGUUGAGAGAGGAAGGGAGAGAGUGAGUGUGGAAAACAAAAACAGAGGGAGAGAAGAAGGGAGUCGCCAUCGAGAGGUAAGGGGCAGCAUCAGCUGUCAUGACCGAGGACAAGGGGCAGCACCCCCUGGUCCUGAGGGAGCGGGCAGUGUUGGCGCUGACCGCAGGCCAUUCGCAGGCGUUGAGCGCCCUGCUUCAGGACAUGGUGCGGGCACGGUGCCCGCUGGAGGAGAAGUACCAGGAGGUGGAUGUGACUAAGGUCCUGCGCGAGAACGUGGCGGCGAAGGUCCAGCCGAACGAAGGGCUCGUCACCAUCAGCAGAGCCUUCAACAUCCUGGAAAAGUAUGGGCGGAACCUGCUGUCUGAGCACAAGCCCAAAUUCUGGAGGGCCGUGAAAUUUAACAACCCGGUCUUCAAAACCACUGUGGAUGGAAUCAACGGAGGUCGAUCGAUCCUGCGUUUAUAUGGUUAUACUGUGGAGCACAGCGAUGGAAUGAGCUUCCCUGAUGACACAGAGGAGCCAGACCACAGAAAAGUGGCAGCAGUGACUCUCGAAGUGGCGAUGCUGCAGAUUGAACUCAACCUUUUGCAAAAGGAGCGACCGCUCAGUGGGGGACCUGGCAGUGAUCCCUAUAGGCUCGCGCCUCGCACCAGGGCUCCGUGCCCAGGGUUCCAGCCGCUCCGGAGCAGUGCACGCGCGGUUUGUUCUUUGUGCCGUGUCUCCGUGCCAGUCCCACUAGAUGUUUCCUGCGCCGUGUGCAGUAAGGAAGAGCUGUCCAUCCACUGCCAGAACUGCGGCUGGCUCUUGUGCCGGGAUUGUGACGCCCUCUACCACCGUCACCCGUCCCGCGGCGGGCAUCAGCGGAUCGCGCUGCUGGGCGGGGGGGCUGCCAACGCAGUGCCGCUGCCUCCCAGCGAGGACCUGAGCAGAGCCUCUCUUGGAGCGCCGGCCCCUCCCAUGGGGGGCCUGUGGGCAGCCGUUCCUGGCUCUGUGCCGCCCCCUGUAACUGAGCAGCGGGAGGAAGUUUCACGAAGGCCUGGAUUGGCCUGGCGCAGCCUGAGCAUGGAGCAGCCGAGCUGCGUGCCGGCAUCCAGGCCAGACAGGCGCUUGUCGGAGCUGGGGGCAGUGCCCGGGUCUCGGGGGCCCUGGGCCUGUGCCAGCUGCGGCCUGGUGAACGAGGGCCGGGCCGUGCUGUGCGGGGCCUGCGAGAGGCCUCGGGCAAGUCCUGCCCCCGCGGCGGCCUCCUCCUCUGCCGCUGCCCCGAGGGAGGGCUGGGCCUGUCGGGCUUGCACCUUCCAGAAUGAGGCCUGUGCCGUGCUGUGCAGUGCCUGUGAUAGGCCUCGCCUGGCCGGUAGGCCCAACGUCGCCGUCACCACGACAACCAACUCCAUCCUCCAGCAGACUCUUCCACCACCGCCCUCCCAGCAGCAGGGCUGGGAGUGUCAGUUCUGCACCUACCUCAACCUGAACGCGAGCCAGAUCUGUGAGGUGUGUGAGCAGGCCAGCGCCCGCGCCGGGCAGGGCCAGGCGGUGCCGGCUGGGACCAGCCCCCGCCCCAAGCAGCAGAGGCUGGAGGAGCGUCUGGGGGCCACGCCGUCAGGAGAUGGGUCAGACGAGGCGGACCAGGCCAGGCAGGAGGAGAUGCGAGCGGCGGGACUGUGCUUGGUGCAGAUGAUUCGGAUGGGUGAGGAACAGCUGGUGAGUCCCGAGGAGGUGUGCUGUGCUCUCCGUAGCUCGGGGACAGAGGAGCCCCUGGUCUGGCUGCAGACAGAGCUUCCCCAGAUGCUGGACAGCAUUGCCGACCUGGCAUCGCAGAAGGGCCAGGCCAUGCCCGAGAACGAGGUGGGCCCCGUCACCAGGGACGAGGCCCGACAGGCUUGGCUGCUCAGCGGAGGAGACUUCGAGGAGGCAGUGGGCGAGUGUGUGAGAACCCGAGCCAGGAAGGUACGGCUC